ACGUCUAUUUAUAUGUUUAUCAUGCACGCUUGUUGUGUUGCUAUGAGCUGUCGACAGCGCAAUGAUACCAAUCACAUCAGUGACGCACUUUGUAAUAAGUUAGGAAGAAGUUUUCUGACAAAAUGACUAGGCGUUGUGUUGUGUUACUUGAGAGAAAUGAAACAAACAUGUACCUCAGUACUACGGAAUUGUUACUGAAAAUUGUAGACGCAGUACUGCAGGAGCCUUCGAAUCCGAAAGCUAGGACAUAUAAGCUUGCUAGUCCAGCUGUUUCAGAGAAACUUCGUGCAACCGUUGGAGCUAUGGAAUGUUUGCAUGAAAUGGGUUUCCAAGAGAUGAAUGGCAAAUUGGUUCUAUCACCAGAAGCGUCACUGGAGAACAUAAGACAGAUACGCUCAGAAAUAGUUAAUAGAAGGCGUAAUUAUGAAACAUUCAAUGCUGUUAACAAUUCCAGUGAAAUGUCUUCAGCAAGCUCUGAAGGUGCUAGUGCUACACGGCAUACCUCAUUUGCACACUUCAAGAGUCAACUUUUGGUUAUUUCUGAGACAGUGCUGGGCCAUGAAAACAAAUUGUUACAGAAGAAGGCCUUGAAGUUAAUUCCACUAACAGAGCUGGAGAUAAAAGCAGUUAAACAUAUGCGAUCCUUACAAAAAGCCAUUAAAAAUGGCGCAGAGGACAAUGGAACAGAUGUGCAGGACAUACUUUUGUUAGAAUUGAUGGCAUGGUUUAAAGAAUCAUUUUUCUCAUGGGUUGAUUCUCCAAAAUGUUGGUUUUGUCAAGGAGAAACAAAAUUUCGUGGCCACAGUAGUGAUCCUAAAUAUAAUGGAGACCGGGCAGAGGUAUAUAUGUGCACCUUGUGCCGGGAAGUAACACUCUUUGUUCGGUACAAUAAAACUGAAAAACUUCUAGAGACAAGGAAAGGACGUUGUUCAGAAUGGGCAAAUUGUUUUGCUCUGUUGUGCAAAUCACUUGGUUGGGAUGUUCGUGUUGUCUAUGAUGUGACAGACCAUCUUUGGGUGGAGGUGUUCUCUGUAAGUCAGCAAAGGUGGAUACAUUGUGAUCCUUGUGAAAAUGCCUAUGAUAAACCUUUAAUGUAUGAAGUAGGUUGGAAGAAAAAUCUUUCAUACGUGAUUGCUUUUUCUUAUGACGAUGUACAAGAUGUCACUUGGCGCUAUACCUGCAAUUUCAGUUCAGUAUUAAGGCGCAGAAAUUUGUGCUCUGAGCAGCAGCUCUUGGAUAUUAUGUUUGCUGUAAGAGAAAAAAGACAACGUGGUUUGUCAUUGGCAAGAAAAGAGUACCUCAAGAAGCGAAUGUUAAAAGAACUUGUGGAAUUUCUAACACCUCCAAAGCAGACUGAUGCAGCAUAUGAGGGGCGCACCUCAGGUUCCCUGCUCUGGAGACUUGCAAGGGGAGAGGUUACAGAAAAAGUUAAAUAUGUUUGGACUCCAACUGCUGCAGAUAUUUCAGCUCAAAGAUUUCAGUUAAGUUACUCUUGUGAAAAGGACAAAUAUUUUCGAAGUACUAACACUGAGGAGGCCUGCAUUUCUGGAUGGCAGAAUGGUGUGUUUGAAUUUGAUUCAGUCUUUCGAAAAGAAGAAAAAGACUGGAAGAUGUUCUAUUUAUCAAGAACAGAGGGAAGCCCAAAAGGCACCAUUACAUGGAAAUUUGACUUUUCGUCCUCCGGCUUAGUUAUAGAAACAGUGAAUCUUGUGUUUGUGAGAAGUGUGUUUGAAAAUGGUGUUAUUAAGUUACUAAUGAAAGGGGAUACAAACAACACGGAAGUACCACCAAAUGAAACAGCAGUUUCCACAAAGAUUUUAGAUGGUUCCAAGUGUUUGACCCUGAGUGCUGAACUAAGUAGAGGGAGAGGUACAACAGCAUGGCAGCAUGCACAGCUUUUCCGUGAGCCAGUUGGCAGCACGACUUAUCCAUUCAACAUUGUUAUCAAACUAAGGAAAAUGUAAAUAGCAAAAAAGUGCUCAUAAAAAAAAGAGACACUGUACUAUCAUAUGUGAACUCGUUUUCUGUUAUUAUCUUGUGGAAAUUGAUUUUGUGGCAUUGUCUACAAGUGAUACACAGAACUAAUUUGUGUUUAUCCAAACAUAAAUUUAUUGGUGAAGUUUAUAGGGGACCAUCCACGUGACCCCCCCCCCCCCCCCCCCCCCUUGCAUGCUGUGUUUGGUAAGUGUUUGCAAUGUGUUGUAAUAAGGAGGGGGCCACAAAUAAGAGAUUAGUAUGGGUUACCAGUGGAAACUUCUCGAAGAGUUGAUGGUCUCUACACUGGGAAAUUGGAGUAGGUGGCACUUGGUGCACAGUUCCUCAUCACUUUUCUACAUUUUACAGAAAUGAAGAGAAUGAUGUGCACAAGGUAAAAAUAUAAAUUACAAGUUUUAUGUGCAUUAUUAUUUUGAGCAUGUUGGAAAGUCAUGUUUUUAUUCUCCAUAUGUAAAAUUAUGAUCUUAACAAACUGGUAAAACAUAUUUCUGCCAUUCUUACUUCUCUGACAUCACGAUUAUGUUUACGUUGGAAGAUAUUGCUUUAGUUUCCUAAGAAUAAAAUUGCUUCAUCUCUAUGUUACAUCAGUAAUGGUUGAGUCAUGGCUCAAUGUCUCCUCCUUGUGGUGAGUAGCAAUCUGUCUUUUUCCAUAUUGUUAAUAUUCCAUCCUGGACAUUCUAUUGUUUGAUUUUAAAUCAAUAAGCAUUACCUAAGUUCUCUGUGCCGUAAGUACUAUGGGUUGAGUGGAAGGUUCAGAUUCAUUUGAUUUGAUUUUCAGUUGGUAUGAAUAAUUAGUUGAAGUUCUCCUGUCUCAUAGUGUUUUUUACAUAGAACAAACAUUUAUCAAUAAUAAUAAUUUGUACAUCAUAUCACACAGAAACUGUUCCUUGUCUUACCACACAAAAAUUUUGCCUUGGGCUCUAUCUGGGAGUUUCUUCCAUGUAUGAAUGAAAGCUCAGCAUUUUGAACCAACCAUUGUUGCAACUUGCUUUAACAGUAACAUUACGUAAGACUAGCUACAACCUGGCCUUACCUCACAUUUAAAUCCAAGACAUGACUUGUAAUCAAUAAAGGUCAGGAACUAUCCCCUCAAAAUACCAAAAUGAUUUGGAUAUAGCAAGUAAAGAGACACUAGUCUCUGCAAGAUGUUAAGAAAAUUUAAAUAUGAUAUUGGUCUCUCAUUCCUUUGAACAGUAAACAAUUUUCAGUAUAGAAAAGAUAACACAAGCACUAUCCUCUUUCAAUGAUUUGUGAUUAAAAAUAAUUAAUGCAGAAAAAUCACGGAAUAAAUGCUGGGCACUAGUCUCUCUAAAUUUUAAACAAAUUUCAGUGCAUUGUACAUAACAGAGUGGGAGGGGGGUGAUGAAAAAUAGAUGGGAAAUACAAUGAAACGUGUAGAAAACGAAAACUGAGUGAAGCAGAGAGUAGUUACAAUGAAGAAAUGCUGAGACAGAAGAAAUUAACAUAAAUUUAGGCCAGGUGGGUGGCAAGAACCAGGGACAUCUUGUAGUGCUAGUUCCCACCUGCGGAGUUCUGAGAAACUGGUGUCUGGGGGAAGAAUCCAGAUGGUGCGUGUGGUGAAACAGGCGCAGAGGUCAGGAAUGUCAUGUUGUAGAGCAUGCUCUGUAACAGGAUGUUGCUAGUUGCCACUAUACACCCUCUGCCUAUGCCCAUUAUCCUAAUUGAUACUUUGGUGGUAGUCACGCCGAUGUAGAAGGCCAAACAGUGUUUACAUAAUAGCUGGUAUAUGACAUAUGUGGUUUCACAGGUGGCUCUCCCUUUGACAGUAUAUGUUUUGCCAGUUACAGGGUUAUUAUAGAUGACGUUAGAAGGGUGCAUAGGGCAGGCCUUGCAAUGGGGAUGGUCACAGAGGUAGGAGCCAUAGGGUAGGGAGAUGGGUGCAGAAAGAGCAUGGGGUCUGACAAGAAUACUGGAGAGAUUGGGAGGGGGUGGUGGAAAGGUAUUCUACGCAUGGUGGGCAAAAUUUCAGACAGAAUGGAUCUCAUUUCAGGGCAUGAUUUUAGGAAGUUAUGGCCCUGUAGAAAUACACACAUGCUCAUAAAUUAAGGAUACUGCUGAUACAUGGUGAAACAACACUCUGGUGGGCAGUUUGUGCUUUUAAAUCACCUCAGGAUAUGACCAUGCGGUGCAUUUGACCUGCGGUCAUCGCACAAUGGUGCUGGCAGCAGUCCACAUACGCAGAGGUGUGUUGGUGCAUGUCAGAGUACGGUGCAGAUAUUUUCAGACAUGCUAAUGGUGUCUGUGUGGCACCGCAUUCUGCAAUUAUCCUUAAUUUAUGAGCAUGAGUGUAGUUGAUUAAUAUUCUAGACCAGGAUAAUACUGAGUCACGAGUGGAGUGCUCUAAAGUUGUGUUUUGAAGGGACCAGCAUACCAGUCUUGGAUGUGAUUGCUCUGCCCAGGAAAUCUGCUUUUGAACUAGGCUGGUGGGGUAAUUAUGUGUAAUGAAGGCUGAGAUGAGAAUGGUGGUGUAUUGCUGUAAAAAGUCGGCAUCCGAAUAAAUAUGUUUGCCUCAGAUGCCAAGGCUGUAUCAGAGGGAACAUUUGACAUGGAAAGGAUGGCAACUGUUAAAAUGUAAGUACUGUUGUUUAUUGGUAGGUUUAAUGUGGACGGAAGUGUGUAGCUGGCUUUUGGUUAGGACGAGAUCAACAUCAAGGCAUGGGAUUCGGAAUAGGAUCAUGUGAAAUUUAAUUGGGAGAAGGUAUUAAGAGAUUCCAGGCAUUUUAGCAGGUCAGCCUCACCAUGAGUCCAUAUGGUAAAGAUGUCAUCAAUGAAUCUAAGCCAAACCAGGGGCUGAAGACCUAUGGAUCCCAGGAAAGCCCCCUCCAAGCGACCCAUGAAAAGGUGGCAUAGGAAGGAACCAUCCUGGUUCCCAUGGCUGUACCCCUGAUUUGUUUGUAUGUCUGCCCCUCAAAGGUGAAGUAGUUGUUGGUAAGGAUAAAGUUGAUUAAGGUGAGCAGGAAGGAAGUCAUAGGUUUGGAAUCAGGGGGCACUGAUUGAGGAAAUGUUCAGCAGCAGACAGACCAUGUCCGUGGGGGAUGUUGGUAUAGAGCGAGGUGGCAUCAGUGGUAACAACCAAGGUGUGUGGUGGGAGUGGGAUGGGCAUGGAUUUCAGACAGUCUAGGAAAUGGUUGGCAUCUUUAAUGUAGGUUGGAGUCUUUGUAUUAUAGGCAGCAGGUGUUGAUCAACUAAGGCAGAUAUACAUGUCCUUGGUUCUCGCCACCCCCAUGGCCUUAAUUUACGUUAAUUUCUUCCAUAUAAGCACUUCUUUACUGUAACGGCUUUUUGCUUCACUCCAUUUUAGUUUUCUACAUCUGUCAUUGUUUUUCCCAUAUAUUUUUCACCACCACCCUACCACCUCCAUUAUGUACAAUGCACUCGGCUUUUCACUCUUAUUAACUUGUACAAGAUGUUUUAGUAGUAAUUGCUAUCUUGCAUAUUAUGCUGUCUUCCACCUUUAAGUCCUUAGGUUUUCAAAUCUCAUCUGAUGUAGUCCCCAACAGUCAGUCUUUCCUUCUCAUCCCCACGGUAAGUCUCUCCUGACCCGCAGUUCUGGGUGACUUUCCCGAAAUCUACCCCUUUUCCUAGACCUCUCCAGUGCUUUUCCUUCACCCUUCUUCCUUCCUCUUCAACCCUUCUGAAGAAGGAGACACUGGCUUCAAAAGCUUGCCAAUUAUAACAGUCUUUUAUGUUUGUGUUCCGACAUGUCUUGAUGAGUAGAUUUUUUAUCUAUCCAAUUAAAUAAUUUUAUCAAUUCUUUGAAUGAGUAAAGGUUUUAUGCAUCAACGCAGAACUUUGUGGUACUUUAGGAACUGAAACCCAGCAAAAAAAAAAAAACA